GGCGGGCAGGUGUCUGACAUUGUCGUGCAAUUCAUGACCCGGCGCAACGGCGGCAUCUACGAGCCCGAGUUUCGUCUGGUGAUGGCGCUGCCGGUGGCAUUGUCGACCGCGGCGGGCCUGAUGGGAUUCGGCUGGAGUGCGCAGGAAAGAGAUGCGUGGAUUGUGCCGACGAUUUUCUUUGGGUUGAUCUCGUUUGGAUGUUCGCUAGGCAGCACGACAUCAAUUACUUUUUGCGUCGACAGCUACCGGCAGUAUGCGGGGGAGGCGUUGACAACGUUGAACUUUAGCAAGAGUACGCUUCCUGUCUUCAUUCCUUCUUUUUUUUUUCUCUUCAUUUCUAACAGAUCUGUGACACAGACAUCUUCCACGGGCUAG